GUCUAAUUCGAUAAAUUCUCAAGGCUGCAUCAAGGUGAACGUGACCUUAUAAAAGCUAGCUAGGCAAAAGAUAAGCAGUGUGAUUCAACUGCUCGAGAAUUUUUGUAUUGAUCUUUUCGACACCUGUGUUUUACAGUCAUCAGCUCCGGUUAGACCAAAAGUUAGACCAAUAAAACCAGUUAAAACAACCGAACAAGCUACGUCUACGACAUCCACCCCAGCAGAACACUUAGUAGGAGAGCCAAGACAUCACACACCAGCCAACAAACCAGAAAUGUUUAACAAGAGAAAUAUUGGCCUAGGUCUUUUACUAUGUCUUAUUGUGAUAUUGGAGUGCUCGCACGCACAAAAGCAAGAAGACUCAGAUCCCAACAAUAAAGCUGCAGGUUCAACUAAUCGGGAAAAUACAGAAUUUGACAGGACAGUAAACUUGCGUUCUUUUUCUGUUGACCACGCCUUACUAAAGGUGGAGAAGAAACUGGGCGAUGCGAGAAAAUACUUAAAACGAACAGGGGAAAGAGAAAUUCAGAUUAAAGUUGAAACAGGAUCUGGAAAAAAAGUUUACCCUGCAGUUCGUGAAUACCUGGCCAAACAUCACUACAGUUCUGACUGGAAUCAGAAUGAAGGCUACUUCACAGUGAAUGUAGUUAUUAAAGAAACGGACAAAGAUGAAUUUUAAAUUCAUAUCUUGAAUGAUGAAUAAAAAUAAUAUAAAUACAGUUUUUAUGCCUGCUUAUACGUGGAAGUGGAUAGUAUGAAUUAAAGUGUAAUUAAUCAUAUUCAUUACGCCUUUUCAACUUAUGCCUGAAAGUAUACACUACAUUGAAACCACAUUUUACUAAAUUUAAACCCAUUAAAAUUUGAAUGAAUGUUGUCAGCCUACUAAUCUUGCUUUAAUAUUACAUUUUUCAUUUUAUUAAUUUUACAAAAAUACAAUUGUUUGCACUCUUUAUGAUGUUAGUAGUUUACUUCAAACGAAGUAAAACAUUUGGUUAUCUUUUUAAAAGUAUUUUGUCCUGUAUAUUUAGUAAAUUUUAGUUUCUGUAUAGUUUACAAUAUAAAUGUUCUAACCAUUUUUCUAUUGCAUUAAAUAAGCUUUUUAAUAGGUGCACUGUUUAAAUAAAAAAAUGUCAU